UCAUUUGGAGACGGCGUGGCUGCGCGCAGGAAGUGUGGGUGAUAUUCGUUUGAUUCGUGCAUCCUCAAGAUUAUUUCAGGAGUCUUACCUGCUGGGUGACUUCACCUGCGUGCACCACAAACCUCACCUUGUUUUCCUCCUGGAGCAGUCCUUCAUCUUUCUGCUUUACUAUCAGCAUCCCUCCUCCUCUCCGCGCGCGCUGGGAAACAGUUUUCUCAUCCUGUACCUCUUUCCACAAAAUAAUGAAUUUCGACCAAAUCCUGGCUGCCAUCGGAGGCUUCGGCAGGUACCAGAAGAUUUUGUACAUAUGGAUCUGUUUACCUCAGAUCCUCCUCGCCUUCCACAUGAUGGUGAGCAUCUUUACCGGAGCCACGCCGCCCCACCGCUGCAGGGAGAGCUCCGACCCGGGAGCCGGGAAUCAGACUCUCAUCCCCGCUACAGACACCGUGAACCUCAGCCUCUCCAACUCGUCCUGCUUCCUCUCGGACCCGCAGCAGCAGGACGUCCCGUGCAGCCACGGCUGGGUGUACAGCAGGGAGGUGUUCCAGAGCACCACCGUCACCGAGUGGGAUCUGGUGUGCAGCAAAGCUGGAUUAAACAGUCUUGGAUCCUCCAUCUACAUGUCUGGCCUCCUGGUGGGGUCCGUGCUGUUCGGAGCCAUGGCUGACAGAUACGGUCGGCGGUUCGUCCUGCUGCUGUCCAUCGCUCUGCAGACCGUCUUUGGGGUGGCUGUAGCUUUUGCCCCCAACUUCCCAGUCUACGUGAUUCUUCGCUUUGCAGUGGGAGCCACCAUAUCUGGAGUCAUCAUCAACGCUUUUGUACUCGGCACGGAGUGGACGUGCACCAAGAGACGCAUGCUGGCUGGUAUCAUCACUGACUACGCCUUCGGCCUGGGUUACAUGCUCCUCGCAGGGGUGGCCUAUCUGAUCCGAGACUGGAGAAAGUUACAGCUCGCUAUAUCAGCCCCGGGCUUCCUGCUGAUCUUCUACAUAAGGGUACUGCCCCAGUCCGCCAGAUGGUUGUUGGCCAAUGACAGGAGGGAGGAGGCCGUUGCACUCCUCCGCAAGGCGGCGCUCAUUAACGGCCGCGUCUUACCUCCUGCUGUCCAGGUUGAUAAGAAUGUUUUAGGAGGAGCGAAGCGAAGUCACUCAGUGGUGGAUCUGGUUCGGAGGCCACAGAUGAGGAAGAGAACGAUAAUCUUGUUCUACAUCUGGUUUGUGAACGUGCUGGUGUAUUAUGGGCUCUCUCUGGGCGUGUCCAGGUUAGGGACAAACCUCUACUUGACCCAGUUUGUGUUUGGCUUGGUUGAGAUCCCAGCUCGCACUCUGGUCCUCCUUGUCCUGCCGUUCAGCCGCCGGCUCUCCCAGAGCGGCUUCCUGGCUGUUGGAGGGCUCGCCUGUCUGCUCAUGCUCACCAUCCCUGCAGAUCAUCCAAAUCUCCUGACUGGCCUUGCUAUGGUGGGAAAGUUUGGUAUAACAGCUUCCUUUGCUGUCAUCUAUGUAUACACUGCUGAGCUUUUCCCCACGGUGGUGAGACAAACGGGGAUAGGUGUGUCCAGCAUGUUUGCAAGGAUGGGUGGCGUGUUAGCACCCGUAAUCAACAUGCUGCAUAACCACAGCCCUGCUACGCCCCUCAUCAUCUUCGGCAUGUCUCCGCUGCUGGGAGCGAUCCUAGCCCUGGCACUGCCUGAAACCACCAACAGACCGCUUCCUGAUACAUUGGAGGAGGCAGAGAACUGGGACAUUAGGUUGGAUCCUGGAAAGGGGAACCCCGAGAUCUGUGAUGAUGUUGGCCAAAUAGAAAACAGCACAGAGUUACAACAUCUACAAAGUCAGAGCUGAUGCUGUGCAAAAGGAUGCAGAAAGUCCAUAAUUCACACAAUUAUUGCCUCAAUCUUUACAUACACACUGUACUGUACUGUACUGUGCAUACACAACCUACUAUAACAGACGCUAUGCAAGUCCAAGUCAGGACGUGAUUGUAAGCUCUAUGCAAAAACACCGGGCGGGUUCAUGCAGACUCACAAAGCAGCCGUUCAUUUCACCUGCUCAAGCUGACGACUCGGCUACAGUUUUAGCAGAUUUACCCAAGAACCUAAAACGGGAAUAGCUGUGUUUUUGUAAUUUUGUACAGUUUGUUUGUACUUUUCACCAGGUUUUGUUAUGUGGAAUGACUGACAGAACAGAACAAAUGUUUUGAUCCAGGGGAACUCUGUUAAUCUGGACUUUUCAGACACACAGCUUGGAUAUUUGUGUACAUUCAUAAACCUGAAGUGACUUGAGACAGUAAGAUGAGGACUGCCGCUUCCUCCGUGUCCUGUUGAGCAGCUAUUUUUAGAACUUCAUGUUUACCACACAGAGAUCUAAGAUUUGUGCAUUUCAUGAAACUCCUUGUAGUCACCGUUAUCAGUGGUGUUUCUGGAAUAUGUUUGUUGUAUUUUAAUGCUGUACUGCCUCAUAUUGUCUUUCAGUCUGAAGCCAACAUGACAUUACAUGCAUUACUUAAGUUUGUUAUUCCUCAUGUAGCCUUUUGACUAGUAGUCGACUUACUUCUGUAUGGAAACUAUAGGACAACCGGUCAGCGUGUAACAUAGUAUUUGAUUUAAUCACUGUAGAUAUUUAUUUUUUACUGACUCAUAUGCAAAUAUGACUGAUGCUGUCUUAGCUUUAUAGAUGGUUUAAGGGCGUUGUGUAUAUGAAGUAUUUUAAUAGAGAAAAUGUUUAGGCAUGUAUCAGAAGCGCAGGAUAUUUAAUAUGAUGCAACAAUGCUGUUACUCAGGCAAAGUUUGAGUACAUUAUUUGCAGUCAUUUAAAAGUUAAUAACCCUUUUAAUUUGUGUGUAAAAACAAAUCUAAUUGCAGUGGGUCUGAAUGUUGAGCAAAUACAACUCAAGAGCAAAAUAACCAAUUUCACGGUUGAACAAAAAAAAAAAACAAAAAAAAAAAAAAAAAAAUAGUAUCGCCAUUAUAAGUAGCUUGAGGUUUCACCUUCAGCAGCAGUUUAAGUUAUAUUAAGACUUUAUCAGGGUCUCAUGAUUGAGGAGUUUUGACCUCUUCAGUUCCUCAAGGUUUUUGGACUGGCACUUAUGCAUCACCAUAACAUUUGGCUUGGAUGCAGCUCCGGACUUUGGCUCAGCCGUUCCAAAACCGUGAUUACUUUGUGUCUUAGACAUCACAAUACACAUUUGUAGUUGGAGCUGCAAUAGGUGCUCUGUUACAUGACCUAAUGUCAGCAUCAUACUACCUCUUGAAUACUUCCGGGGGCGGUUGAUGAAGACUUUUACAGUUGUUGUAAGGGGCCCAGAUCAUGUGGUUGGAGAACUCUACUCAAAGCACCCGACCCGAGUGGGAAGGUAGGUGGGUGUGAUUUAGUCUUGGGGUUUGUUCAGAUGCAGUAACAAGAACUUAAGUUGUGCUCUCAUGGCUUCUUUUUUUUUUUUUUUUAAAUAUAAAAGACAAAAACUUCCUCCUGGAAAUCCUGACAGUCGGAUCUUGGGAUAAGUUUUCAGAACGUCCACUUCUGACAAGAUUGGCAACCAUCAAGAACAAUCUCAUUGUGGAAGACUGAACUCUUCAUGUUUUAGAUAACAAACAGAGGGGGAAAAAAAAACAAACUCAGCUGUAGUUGCUCAUCUAGAUUACAUGUACCUAAAACUAAGACCCAAUACAAUUGAAUAAGUUGUUUUUUUACUUAAACAAAAAAAAAAAAAAAAAAAAAAAAAAAAAAAAAAAAGGGUUUCUUACUUUUGCAUGACUGUAGAGCAAAGACAUCCAUCAUUUCACAGCACGAGUAGGAGAAAGAAAGCCUUAUUGCCAGCAGCAGCAUGUGGUUAUGAAAUUAACCAGAGAUCUCAAUGCAAAUUGAACAUGUUUAAUAUUUUAAAAAUUGCAAUUAUUCCAGUUUACUUAAAUGCAACAUUUUUAAGACAAACAUGUCAAAAUGUGUCACCAAAUGUACUUUGCCAAACUGUAACGAAGGCAUUGUGCCUUGGUGCCU